GCAAAUUAGUAAGUGUGCGGCACAAAAAUCAAAAAUCAUUAAAAAUACUAGAAAAUAUGAGUAAACCAGAUGAUUUCGAGAUUAAGGACGGUCCAAUAUGUCUUAUAGUACUAGGAAUGGCUGGAAGUGGAAAGACCACAUUUGUUAAGAAGCUGUCAAGCUUCCAUCGAGAGGAAUACAAUCCAUAUAUUGUAAAUCUAGAUCCAGCAUGUAAAGAAACACCAUAUCCUGUAAACAUUGACAUCAGAGACACUGUAAAUUACAAACAAGUCAUGAAACAGUACAAAUUAGGUCCAAAUGGAGGAAUCGUAACAGCAUUAAACUUAUUUUCAACGAAAUUCGAUAAAGUAGUGCAGUUAAUUGAAAAAGCUGGAACUGAUGGACAUAAAAUCUGUGUAAUUGACACUCCUGGACAAAUUGAAGUCUUUACAUGGUCAGCAAGUGGUGUGAUUAUCACAGAAGCUUUAGCAACUCGAUUUCCAACAAUAGUAGUUUAUGUCAUGGAUAUAGUACGAUCAAUAAGUCCAACAACUUUCAUGUCUAAUAUGCUUUAUGCUUGCUCAAUCCUUUACAAAGCAAGACUUCCAUUCAUUGUAGCUCUUAAUAAAAUUGAUGUACAAAGCCAUGAAUUCGCAAUCGAUUGGAUGAGAGAUUUUGAGUCAUUCCAAGAAUCUCUAGAGAAGGAAACGUCUUAUGUCAGUAACUUAACACGCAGUAUGUCACUUACACUUGAUGAAUUCUAUAAUGAUCUUAAGGCAUGCGGUGUAUCUGCUAAAACUGGUGUUGGAUUUGAGAGAUUUUUUGAGCUUGUGAUGGAUGGCAAGGAAGAAUAUCUAAAAGAUUAUAAAGUAGAGUACGAGAAGCUUCGAGAACAAAGAAAAAAGGAACUAGCUGAAAAGGAGGCCGAAAAACUCAAGGAAGCAGGUAAAGCAACAAGUAGCAUAGUUAACAUCAAUCCAAUGAUUAUCGACGUCCCAUCCGGUUCUGAGUUUUCCGACAUUUAUUUAAAACAUCCAGCAAAUGAAAGUUCAGAAGACGAAGAAGGAACUGAAGAUCCGUUUGUAACACGUAUGGAUGAUGAUAAUGAGGAGAAAAAUUUCGAGGCACUUGUCAAACAACAUAAAGAUCACGAAAAACACAAAUCUGAAAAUAAUCCAUGUAAUUAAAAAUGUUAACGCUAACAUAAAAAUGGC